GAGACAACAGAAGUGAGAAGCCUACUCUACUCCAUUCCACUCGACUGGCCACUGCGGCUGCUUAUCUACAUAGUUAUACACCUACCCCUUAUCCGCCAUAGAACCUUGUUUUCAUUUAGAUAGGGAGCGCCCAUCUUCCACAUCUUUCCUCAUCUUCUAUUGCGCUUCCUUCUUCAAUCUUCAAUGGCUUGCACCGCCACUUCUACGGCUCUGAUUUCCUCCAAGCCUAGGGCAACCAUUUCCCCCAAUUCCUUCUCUGCUUCCUCUCACACCCUCGCUCUUCCCUCCUCCUUCACUCCUCUCCGCCACUGCAACCCCUUAGUCUCCCGUGCCCCUCGCUCCGCUCAGCCCAAACAUCGCAGCUUUGUCGCCCGCGCCUCCAGUGAACUUCCAUUGGUAGGGAAUCAAGCACCUGACUUUGAGGCUGAGGCUGUUUUCGAUCAGGAAUUCAUCAAUGUUAAACUUUCCGAAUACAUUGGGAAGAAGUAUGUGAUUCUCUUUUUCUACCCACUGGACUUCACAUUUGUUUGUCCAACUGAAAUCACUGCUUUCAGUGACCGCUAUGAGGAAUUUCAGAAGUUAAACACGGAAGUUUUGGGUGUAUCCAUAGACAGUGUUUUCUCUCAUCUUGCAUGGGUCCAAACUGAUAGAAAAUCUGGGGGUUUGGGCGACCUGAAGUAUCCGUUGAUUUCUGAUGUGACCAAAUCAAUUUCGAAAUCUUACAAUGUGCUGAUUCCAGAUCAGGGAAUUGCACUAAGGGGACUCUUCAUUAUUGACAAGGAGGGAGUUAUUCAACACUCUACCAUAAACAAUCUUGCCAUUGGCAGAAGCGUUGAUGAAACAUUGAGAACCCUCCAGGCAUUGCAGUAUGUCCAGGAGAAUCCCGACGAGGUGUGCCCAGCUGGAUGGAAGCCUGGGGAGAAGUCGAUGAAACCCGACCCCAAACUGAGCAAGGAGUACUUUUCAGCUGUAUAAGUAAAUGGUGCUUCAAUACCACCCACCAUUCAGCCGCUUUUAUUCACAGUUUAGCAAAAUGUUGUAGAGACUAGAGAUCGAGUUUGUCCUGUCAUUUGAAUUUUGCGCAUUCUGUCGAAAUAAACACCUUAUCUAUGAGAUGUAUGUUGCAUUUGAAGUUGAAAAUGUAUUAGUUGAACUGAAUGCCAAAACAUGUUAUAGCAAUUUAAGCCAAUUAAGAUCAUGGGGCGUG